CGCGGAGGCGGCAGGGCAGCCGGGCUGAUGCGCGGGCAGAACGGCGGGGAGACAACAGGGGACUAGCGAGCUUUCCAGUACAGGCGACAAAUCUUCAACGACUUCACUUAAGUCAGCAGCGCAGGGCCAACAACGUGGGACACUGCCGGUCAGUGACAGCAACCAGCGGGAAGUCCAGCAGAAAGAAGUUAAGUAUUGUCCAACAUUGUUCAAAUGUAUGUUUAACGUCCGGUUAGGUUCUUCGCUCCAUCGAUUUAGAUGGGCGGUAAACGGACAAAAAAGGGGACUACAAGGAAAAGUCCCAUCUAAGGAUAUAUAAUAUUUACACAGGUUUGCUCAUACGGUGAGUCUUUGAACAGCAUCAUUACUCGAAAGAUAUUUAAUUCCCCUUGCUGGUCGAGAAUUGCCAGUGCUGAGGCAAUACUUGUAAUUCUAGAGAAACUUUCUUAAAGCCACAGAGACGUUGGCUUCAAUAAUAUUUGGCCGCGCGACCAAAACUGGCAUUAACUACUUUGGUUGCUAUGAGGCCCGGCUGGGAAUCGAAGAACUAAGCACCUGCAAGGAGGGGGUCCGUAAGCGGAAAUAUUAACAUUUGUAUGUGAAUUGUUUGUUCUAUUUAAGAAAAACAGCGUGACUGUUCUGAAACAUUUUCAACAGCGAAACUUUCCUGCGGAUGAUGGUGAAAAUCAGAUGCAGUUAUCAUCGUUUCCCUGUGCAGUGGAAUCAUCUGGUCCAAGCUAAAAGAACGAUAAAGCUAGCCGACAUUAUCCCUCUGUCACUGUUGAUUCCCCAGGAUCAUUGAUUCUGCCCUACCUCUGCCCCCCCCCCCACUAUCCUUGAGCUCUUCUGCGCAUGCCUCAGGCUGGACAGCUCCAGAGAGGGAAAUUUAAAAACGGUUUGGAGAUUGACGUUCAGCCAAAUUACAAAGAGACCUCCACUCUACCAGAGAUUAGAAGAAUCAUCUCAGGAGAUGAUAGAGAGUGAUAUUAUAUCCAGAAUGUCAGAAAUUUUAGGAACAUCGGGUCAAAAUCAUCUCCCUUCAUCUCAGGAAUACAGACUCAUGACCUCUGACCAGUCUCAGCUGACUGAUGACGACCUUCCCAGUGACCUGCAGUCCUUGUCAUGGCUGACAUCUGUUGAUGUUCCACGGUUACAGCAGAUGGUUACUGGAAGAAUGGACUUUAGCAUAAAUGCUCAGAAUUCUGUUCUUAACCAACAGACAGGCCACAUGCACUCAGCAGGAUCCCAAGGAGCAGUUAUCCAUGUUGAAAACAGCAUGCAGCAUGAAAUGAUGGGAAUGAAUACUGUGGCUGGAAAUAUGAAUCACUUCAGUGCAGCUGGGCAGCCAUCACCAAGUUACCAGUCCUCUCAGCCGUUGUACCAUUCUCAUUCUCAACAAGUGUACACUUUGUCUCAGAGUGGACAACAGUGCUCUCCAGCUGGUCUGUACAAUGUGUCUUACAGCACACAGCCUCAGUACUCACAGCCACACCUAGCUCCUCACAAUGCACAGGACCUUCAUUCGAAAACGUUUCCCAAACCUAUCUACUCAUACAGCUGUCUAAUUGCUAUGGCACUGAAGAACAGUAAAACUGGAAGCCUCCCAGUGAGUGAAAUCUACAGCUUCAUGAAGGAUCACUUCCCAUAUUUUAAAACAGCUCCUGAUGGUUGGAAGAAUUCUGUCAGACACAAUCUGUCACUGAAUAAAUGUUUUGAGAAGGUAGAAAAUAAAAUGAGUGGCUCCUCAAGGAAAGGCUGUCUAUGGGCCCUAAACCCUGCUAAGAUAGAAAAGAUGGAGGAAGAGAUGCAGAAAUGGAAACGUAAGGACUUGGCAGCAAUUAGAAGAAGUAUGGCUAAUCCAGAUGAACUAGACAAACUAAUAACAGACCGGCCUGAAAACUGCCAAAACCAAAGCAAACUUGUGGACUCUUCUGUAACGCACAUAACAACAACCCAAGGAGGCAUCACUAUUUCCCAGUUACAGUCGCAGCCUGUUAUGACAUUAUCACUGCAGUCAGUACCACUCCAUCAUCACCAGCUUCAGGCUCAGUCACGUAUUGCCCCAGACUCACCAGUUCCAGCUCAGACUCCACCACUGCAUGCACUUUCUGAUAUGAGUCACAGUCCUCAGGCUCAGCAAAUACUGAAUAAAGCUGCCACAGACUUUCUCAGCAUGGCAGCAGAUCUGAGCACAGAAGUGGAUGCACUGGACCCAAGUAUUGUUGACUUCGCACUACAUGGGAAUCUGUGGGAUGAAAUGAAAGAUGAGAGUUUCAGCCUAGAUGCUUUAGGUGCUUUUAGUAACUCCCCACUCGGACUUUCAGACUGUGACCUUGGCACUGCUGGUCUUACUCCUGUCUCCAGUGCUAGUGGUCAGUCUUUCUCAGACUUCCAGGUCACAGGCCUGUAUACUACUUAUGCUCCAUUGGACAAUGUUGCUUCACAGUACAUAAACUCACAGGGUAACAAACCCAUAGCUCUACUUUAACAUGACGCAGCCAUUCAGGAAUCUCGUUGGCACUAAUUAACUGCUGGCAGCUGAGCCCGAAGAAGUAAAUGAAACAAUUACUUGAAAACUUUCUUGCAUAGAACAAACAUAUAUACAUUUCAAAACAGGAUCAAGAAGAUUCAACAUCAAAAUAAAUUUUUUAAAAAGC